AUGGAGGAAAGCCACUUCCUGAGCGACGACCUGCCGCUCCCUCCCACCCGUUUACUUGAGCGCCUGGGCCACUUGCCGGGUUAUACUUGGGACCAGUCCGUUGAGCCCUUCCAUUCCACUUACAACCAUUGGCACAUUUCAGGAUUCCGCCAUCAUGCCGAGUCGGAUCUAUCCACCCCCAUCGCGACAUCCUCCGGUCCCGCAUCUUCCGGUCCUUCUAGCUUUACUCGAUUUUCCCCCCGCACCGAGACGCGGCCGUCUGCUCGAGGUUCAAACCGGAGGUUCAGUGUGAGUGAGACAAGUAGUGAGUUUUCACUCUCACGCGGUGGCGAUCAAGACCCAGUAUGGAUUCCGGUUAUUGCCCGUGUUUCAACAAACUUCAUUCGCCUUGAGCGCGAGUUUCAUAUGCUCAGGUCGAUUGUGCAAUCGUCUGAUCCCGACUGCAACCACACCAUCCGUCCAAUUGAUUUGAUACGACUACCAGCCGAUCCUGUGGAUGGAGGAAACCUGCUAGUGGCCAUCUUCGAGUCCCCUGGUCACGACAGACUACGCGAUCUAGUUACGUUUGGCCCUGCAUCUUUUGUCGCAGGAAGCAAAGGUGAUCAAAACAUGACGCCAAAUGAACAGGUAGACCUACCUGCAUUUUUCGAUUUCGCGAUUGGCGCGUGCGAUUGCCUGGAAAUAUUGCAUUAUGGCAUGAAGACAGUCCACGGAGAAAUCCGAGGGGAUGCAUUUCAUUUAAGUCGCGAAAUGGGCACAGUCAAGCUGGCAAACAUGGGGAAUGGGGCGCGUUCAUUCGAUAAUGUGCUUAGUGAAGGUUGGUCCUCUGUCUCUCGGGAGCUUGGUGCUAAGUACAAGCUGCAAUUUAUUGCACCCGAACAAACUGGGAGGAUGCCGACAGAACCGGACAGCCGUACGGACAUCUACGCCCUUGGUCUUUUCUUCUGGUCCAUGCUCGUGGGGAAGCUCCCUUUUGAGGGAAGCGACCCCGUUGAAGUUGUACAGAACGUGUUGAGUAGAAAGUUGACACCGGUCUCUGCAAAGAGGAUGGACGUUCCGGAUGCACUUUCAGCCGUAGUCCAGAAGAUGACGCAGAAGGUGGUGCAUGACCGGUAUCAUACGAUUUCCUCCGUCAAGCGGGACUUGCUCGAGGUAGCCAAAUUACUGGGCGAUGGGGACAGCGAAGCCCUUAAUAAGUUCAAGAUUGCCCAGCGAGACGUGUCAUCAUUCUUUACUCUUCCCUCUAGAAUGAUCGGCAGACAAAAGGAAUACGACACCAUCAUCAAUACAGUUGAGAAAGUCAACAAACGCCAGGUGACUGCAUCUGCAAAGGCCUCCUCCCAGAGUCCCGCAACGGCUCACGCCAUUGCUUCUAAUUCUUCAAUCUCCGAGGGCCGCGUGGAUAGCUUUGAUAUCGCUUCUAUUUCCAGUGACUCAGCAUGUUCUUUUCAGUUACCACCACGAACUGGGUCCAAUGCUACCCAAUACCAUAUUGCGCAUUUCAACACCCAUGACUCCGUCGGUAGCAAUGAUUCGACUCCUCCACCCGCGAGACUCAGCCAAACUUCAGCGGGCCCAGACUUUGGGCAACAGACACCUGUGCCAAUGAAGAGCCCAUCGCAUUCUCGAUCCUCCCAUACUACUGACAGAGAUAGUCAUCCUUCUGCCGGCACCAACACACCUAGCCAGCUAUCUACCCAUAAUUUCAGUCAAUCAGAAUCAUUGAAUUCCCUCACAAAACAGAAAACAGGCGCAAAAUACCGCCGCAACGGACGAUGCGAGGUAAUAACAAUCAGCGGUACUCCCGGGAUCGGCAAGACCGAUCUGUUGAACCGCGUGCAGCCCGUUAUUCGAAAGUCGGGUUAUAUUGCGAUUACGCGCCUGGACCGUGCUAAGCGGGUACCAUUUGAACCGUUUGCCAAGAUCUUGGCUAGUUUGUUACGUCAAAUAUUCUCCGAGCAAGAUGUCAAUACAAAUUACCAUAACAGCAUUCGAUCGGCGCUGCGAUCCAUGUGGCCUACGCUCUAUAAGGUGUUGGAUCUUCCAGAGCAGCUCAUGGCACCAGGUGCUAAGUAUAAACCGUCUCAAAGGGCUCCCAUUCCCACACCAGCUCCGAAUCAGGAGGUUGGGGAGGUUCAUCAAGCCAAACGUCUUCACAUUCCAUGGAUGGACCAAGGCCAGACAUCUGCAGACUUUUUCCUUUCAAAUGCGGCCUCUAAUAAUAUGCGCCUGAUGGACAUUUUUAUGGAAAUUUUGAGAACGCUGUGCCAAUUUAAGCUCAUCACAGUAUGCCUGGAUGACCUUGAGUACGCAGAUGACGAAACUUUGGAAUUGGUCUUGAAUAUAAUUCGAGCAAAGUUACCUUGCGUACUUGUGUUGACGACUCGCGAUAAUAAUGCCCUCCCUGACCAGGUCCGGCCUUUGUUUGAGGUUGAAACGCCGAAUAUCACACGGAUUGUUCUUGAGUCGCUUUCCGAGGAUGAUGUUAUGGAGUUUGUGGCUGCAACAAUGCAUCAAGAAGCUAACUCGACGCUCACUCCUCUCGCCGCUGUUGUCCAGGAGAAGAGCCAGGGGAACCCAUUUUAUGUUCGCGUCAUGCUUGAAACUUGCUACAGGAAGAACUGUAUUUGGUAUUCGUGGAAAGAUUCGAAGUGGCAAUUUGAUUUGGAUCGCAUCUUCACCGAAUUUGUGGCGCCCGUCUAUGGAGAGGGACUUGGUUUAGGGUUUCUUACCAAAAGACUUCAGGAGAUCCCACCGGCUGCGCGAGCCAUUAUGGUCUGGGGGUCUCUCCUUGGAAGCCCGUUCUCCUUUUCUUUGGUUCAACAUAUACUGUCCAGCGAGUUCCUUCUUGCCACCGACGACGAAGAAGAGGUGGAUCUCACGUCUCCUGGAAAUAUUACUUUAGUCAGACAAUCCGAGGGUGAUAUGGUGGUUGGGUUACAAUAUCUUGUUCAAGCCAACCUCUUGAACACUGGAAAGACUGACGAUGAAUUCAAGUUUGCCAAUGACCGGCUUGCACAGGCUGCACUUUCUUUGGGCGAAGGCCGCAAUAUCGAGAAGAUGCAUUUUGUUGUUUCACAGGUGUUGAUGAAAUAUUACCAUGAUCAUCGCAGUCGAUACUCCAUGGCCCACCAUGUGGCACUUGCAUCGCCUAGAAUCAAAGCUCGGGUGAGUCGCAGAAUUGACUACCGACGGAUCUUAUGGGAAGCUGGCCAAAUGGCUGCGCAGUCUGGCGCCAGGCCUAGUGCUCUCUGGUACUUCCGACACUGCAUUGCUCUUCUCCAGGACAACCCUUGGGAUGAUACCCACGCUGAUGUUUACUACGACGAGACCAUGCGUUUGUACAUUGCAACAGCUGAGAUGUCAUGGUCUCAGGCCAAGAGUGACGAUGCUCUCAAGCUAAUUGAUUCUGUUUUUGCUCACGGCAAGGAUGCGGUCAGCAAAUCAAGAGCUUGGGUUAUCAAAGCCAAGAUAUUCGCUCAAUUAGGUGAUCAUCCUCGCUCAAUGGAGGCAUUGCUGUCAUGUCUCGACGAACUUGGUGUUCAUCUCCGGGCACCGACAACAUACGAGGAAUGCGAUACUGCUUUCUUCAAGCUCAAGCACUACCUCGAGUCCGCGAAUCUAGAUUCUAUCAUAGAGAAACCUAUCAGCAAGGAUCCCAACGUAAUCACGAUAGGGGCUGUCAUGGCAGAAGCAAUGGCUGUUACAUAUUGGGACGAUGCGUUGACAUUCUACCGCAUGGCAAUUGAGAUGAUGCAUAUUCACAUUUCCAGAGGUGGAUUCACUCAAAUUUCAAUUGGAUGCUCUCAUCUUGCUAUGAUCACCUUGAGCCGCUUCAAGGACAUUGAAUUUGGAACCAAGCUCAGUGACCUCUCUCUUUCCCUACUUGAACGUUGCCCGGAGUUUUGGACCCAGAGUAGGGGCUCUGUCGUCCAUAAUCUUUAUGUCAGUCACCUCCGUGUUCCUCUUGCGACGACAUUACCUGCACUGGAGGCUUCGCUUGAAGCAUCGUUUACAAUGGGCGAUCCGUACAUCACCUUGGUUAGUGUUUCGUCCAUGGCCAUGACAAGGCUUUACCUGGGGCAAGACAUGGGUCAAUUGGAGACAUUUUGUGUUGAUACCCCAGAGGAUAUUCCUCAAUGGUCUCGGGACACUCGCGGCGGUGCCAGCAUUAUCGCUGUUCGCCAAGUUGCACGCGCACUUCAAGGCAAAACGGACUUCCGAUUCCCCGACCGCGUCCUGUCUGAUGAGGAGCACCAGACCAGCGCAUACAUGACAUUUUUAGAUACCCAUGCUAGUAACGUUGACAGACCUAGAGAUCUGUAUCAUGGCCUCUCUUUGAUUCCUUUAUUCUUGUACGGUCACUAUCACAAGGCAGUCCAAGUUGGCAGCGAACUCCUGGACACAUCACACAAGCUUUGGUCUAUUCGUGUGAGCUACAGCAUUUAUUUCUAUCUCUCAGCCUCUCUUCUCACUCUGCAUAAUGAAUACCCUGCCCAGGGAUACCUUGACGGAAAAAUGGACAUGGUGCUGAAGUACAAGGCGGAGAUUGAAUUUGCCCGAAACUGUUCCGAUGCGAAUUAUGGGAUGUGGUCGUUUAUUCUUGAUGCGUUGGUUGCCGAAGUUCGAGAUGAUCACAGCGCUACUAUUCAGAAUUUCGAGGCUGCUAUUGAUCAUUGUCAAAUUCAUGGAUGGCCGCUUGAGGAAGCUCUUGCGCUCGAGCUCCAAGGCGAGUUUCUCAUCCGUCGUGGCGCGAAACGGGCGGCACGCGCUCUUGUGCAAGAAUCAAUUGCUGCAUGGAGCUCUAUAGGAGCCACUGGUAAAGCAGCAAUGCUUACAGAAAAGCACGAGUGGCUGCUGAAGACCGCAACUUCCGUCAGGGCAGUAGAUGUUGGUUGUCAAACACUCGAUUCGCUCCUUGAUAUCACUAGGGAUGCUGUGCAAGACGAGACUGUGAUACCUUCACAGAUUGAGGAAAAUGAAAGAAGACAGCGGUGGAUUGAACAAAAUAGUGUUGCCGCAGAGGAAGCUCCAAUGGAUAUAUCGAGUGUUGGACUUGACAUUAUAGAUCUUUCCAGUAUACUCGAAUCGAGUCAAGUGAUGUCGUCUGAACUUCAGAUUGAAAAGCUUUUCACGAAAAUGCUUGAGAUUCUUUUGGAGUCUUGCAAUGGUUCCGACUUUGCGGUCAUUGCGACAAACUUUGAUGAUCAAGGAUUCGCCAUUGCUGCCGCUGCAGAUGCCGAUAAAGGUCAGAAGUCAUAUCCUGAAGGUCUUCCAUUUGCGGAAACAGAAUCUCGGAUGGCGCAGCAUAUCACAUACUACGUCAUGCGUACACAAGAAGAAGUUCUGGUUCAUAACGUUCUCGAAGACGAGCGAUUUUCCAACGUCAACGAGGCUUAUCUGGCAAACUACCCUCAAGGACGAUCUGUGAUCGCCUUGCCAAUUGUCCAGGGAGACAGCCUACUUGGAGUAAUUCACUUAGAAGGAAAGCCAAAUUGGUUUACGCAGCGUAAUGUGGUGGUUCUUCAUUUACUUUGCAAUCAAAUUGGAAUUUCGCUGUCGAAUGCUUUGCUUUUCCGGGAGAUACGCAAGGUCAGCGCCAAGAAUGCAUCCAUGAUCGAAUCGCAAAAGCGUGCUCUUGCUCAAGCCCGCGAGUCUGAGCAGAAGGCUAAGGUAGCCGAAGCAGAAGCCAAACAUAAUGUGAAGCUCAAAGAGGAUGCCGCACGAGCUAAAUCGAUUUUCUUGGCGAAUAUCUCUCACGACUUACGAACUCCAAUGAACGGCGUGAUUGGUCUUUCCGAGCUGCUCAAGGGCACUAAGCUGGAUAAAGAGCAAGAUGACUAUGUGGAGUCCAUUCGUGUUUGUGCCGAUACAUUGUUAACUCUUAUCAAUGAUAUACUCGACUUCUCUAAAUUAGAAGCUGGCAAGAUGAAGAUUUCCAUUGUACCUCUCAAUCUCAAGGAAACCAUCUCGGAGGUCAUCCGUGCACUUCGUUAUACUCAUCGCGAGAGAGGCUUGCAAACGAUCGAGGAGUUGGAUCGGGUUCCUUCAGAACUCGUUGUUUUGGGUGACCCAGUUCGCCUACAUCAAAUCUUCAUGAACCUCCUAAGCAACAGCUACAAAUUCACACCUAAGGGCUCGAUCACCGUGAAAGCAAGGGUUGGGCGCGAAUCAAAAGGUCGCGUGCGUUUGGAAUGCUCUGUUACCGACACUGGAAUUGGAAUUCCAGAUGAACAGAAGGCUCGUCUGUUCCGACCUUUCUCCCAGGCCGAUCCAUCCACCGAAAGAUCAUAUGGUGGCAGUGGGCUUGGUCUGAGUAUCUGCAAGGCGAUUAUUGAAGAUGUCCUUGGCGGCGCUAUCUGGCUAGAAUCCGAAUCCGGAGUUGGAACCACUGUUACAUUCCAUUUAGUCUUCAACAAAGCUCCCAAGAAAACGGCCGUGAAGACUGCGUGGUCACAAGAGCUGAGUCAAGCAGAAAGCAAGCAGGCUCCCCGACCCACUGUUCGUGACCUCACCAACAUUGCUCGUGAUCAGAUCCGAGUCUGCAUCGCAGAAGAUAACCCGAUCAACCAGAAAAUCGCAGUCAAAUUCGUAACUGGGCUCGGUCUCCAGUGCGAAGCUUACAGCGAUGGAAGACAAGCCGUGGAUGCCUUACGUGCUAGGUCUAGUGAAGGCAAUCCGUUCCAUAUCGUACUCAUGGAUGUUAUGAUGCCCACUCUGGAUGGAUACAACGCGACUCGGGAAUUGCGUCGGGAUCCCGACCCCAAUGUGAAUGAGGUUCUGGUGAUUGCUAUGACUGCCAGUGCUAUCGAAGGCGAUCGAGAAAAAUGCUUGGAUGCCGGAAUGAACAACUAUCUUCCUAAGCCAGUCCGUUCACCAAUUCUUAGCGAGCUGCUUGAUAGGUAUCUCUCUCCUGUGCCGUCUCAUCCUCGCACUCGCUUGGCACUUCGAGAAAAGGGGUCCAGAGGAAGUAUUGGCCGAGAUGCUAGCACGCCAACUAGUAUUUCCUCGUCGGGCUCCGAAGAUACAACUAAACAACUGCCACUUCGUAUAUCAGGUAACAAAUAA